AUGAAGCAUGGUGAAUUUUUUUAUAAAUCUAAUGGCUCAAAAAACGGUGUUCAUUAUUACAUCUGCUCCAGUCCAAAUGUGGUUUGCAAAGCCACAUUAAAAAGAAAAAGUGAUGGAACAUUUGUGUUGGGUAAGGCACAUACCCAUGAAAUGAGUACUAACGCGGAAAAGAUCACAAAAACCGAUUUUAGGAAGGUCCUAGUUGACAGAGCUGUUGUUGAAACUACCCAACUCAAAGUAAUCUACGACGAAGAAGCUAUCAGAAAUCCAGAUGCCGCUAUUCUUUAUCCUUGGCCAACAGCUGAAUCAUCAAUGCGUUGUGCAAGACGCAAAAAUGUUCCAGCAAUACCAGUUACGUUAAAUGCACUUGGAGAAAUGUUGGAUGAAAAUCAGAAUUUAUUUAAAUGCAACGACCAUCCAUUUUUCCAAGAGAGCAUAGUUGACGACCAUGGUAAAUGCCAUAUAAUGUUUGCUUGCCCAGAGGUCAUUAAUGAAGUAGUUUUGAACGGAGGAAUAGAAAUGCAUGCUGAUGCUACUUUUAAAGUAGUGCCGUCUAUGCCUAAGUGCUAUCAGCUAUUUAAUAUCCAUAUGAUUAUUCAGAACCACUCAAUUCCUGUUUGCUACGUGUUAAUGGAAAGUAAAACCCAAGUGGCAUAUCAAAAGGUCAUAACCCAUUUUAAAACAAUAUUUCCAAAUAUUCAGCCAUCAAAAAUAAUGACGGAUUACGAAAUUGGUUUGAGAAAUGCGUUUACAAAUGUGUAUCCCAAUGCAGAAAUAGUUGCAUGUUGGUUUCAUUAUGUACAGAGUUUAUGGAAAAAUAUUAAAAAACUAAACUAUACUAUAUAUAUAAGAGACAACGCAGUUGCUAAAAUGUGCCUUAAAAUGGUAAUGGUACUCGCACUGCUUCCUGCAAAUGAGAUUGAUUUGGGAUUCCAGGAAAUAAAAAAUCACGCAAGAAUUAAUAACAUUAAUCUAACAAGGUUUUUCAAUUAUUAUUCUCGUCAUUGGCUUAUUCGGAUAGGACCUAAUACUUUUUCUGUACAUGGCCAAGCUCGACGCACUAAUAACAAUAUAGAAAGCUUUCAUAAUACAUUAAAAGAUAAAUUUCAAGUGUGUCAUCCAAAUCUAUGGAAAGUAUUAGGUCAUUUAAGUGACUCCAGUAAAGUACAACAUAUUGUUAUUGAACAACUGGCAAGAGGAAUGCAAGUCACGCGAUCAAUAAAACCUAAAUAUAUAUUGAAUUCCAAACGAAUCAAAAUGGCAAAUGAACAACUAACCCUUGGUAUAAUUACUAGAAAAGAAUUUUUAAUAAAAUGUUCUUAUGCAGUUGACGGUUACAUUUCAAGAGAGGGAAAUUGGACAAGAUAUUUUGAAAAUAUUGAUGGUAAUGAAGUUGAAACUUCUUCUGAAGAUGAAAAUGCUGCACUACCGUUAAUUCCAGUACAGCAAGUUCCACUCAAUGAAGAAAACAUAGAUUAUGACCAGAACGAACAAAUAAAUGAAAUUGAGAACAGCGAUUCUAAUGUUAGUGCUUUUUCAAUUGUGUUAAGACCUGAAAGAAGGGAAGCAGUGGUAUCUAAUGAACCUAUUGUGAAUGAAGAGCUUCCUAACAGAGCUAUAAUUAAUGAAAACCCUGAGCCAGAAGAACAUAACUGGGAUGAACGUGAUUUUCUUGUUCCUGAAGAUUUAGCGUUAGAAAUGUGGCAGGAAGUGUAUGGUAGGGAUGAACCCCUGGAUAUUCCAUAUGUCCAAGUUAAUCGUAACUAUCAAGAAGGAAUUCUGAAUAAUGAAGUAGUUUGUGUCGUGUGUAGAGAUAGUUUAAGAACACACGCACUAAUACCUUGUGGUCACAAAGUACUGUGUGAAGAAUGCGUCAACCAGCUACUCGAUAAACGUUGUCCCAUUUGCAAUACUGAGUAUACUUUAGCUAUUCGCAUCUGGGAAUAG